AUGCGCGGGCCCGCCUUCCGCGGCUAUGCCACGCAAACCCCCAAAGCGAGCUCCAGCAGCAAAGGGCAGCCCAACGAGCCCCGCAUCAGCUUAAAGGAGAAUCUGGCAUCCAAGUCGGUCAAGCUGCGAAUCUACAAGCCGCGGACACCCGGCGUGCGGCAUCUGAGGCGCCCCAUCAACGACCAUCUCUGGAAAGGUCGGCCGUUUCUUCCCCUCACGAUUCCCAAAAAGGGCCAGGGCAAAGGUGGACGAAACGUGCAUGGCCGCAUCACCGUGAGGCAUCGCGGGGGCGGCGCCAAGCGGAGAAUACGGACGGUCGACUUUGAACGACGGAGGCCAGGCCCUCACCUGGUUGAACGGAUUGAGUACGAUCCCGGACGCAGCGCCCACAUUGCCCUCGUCACGGAGCAGAACACGGGUCGCAAGACGUACAUUAUUGCGGCCGAGGGUCUCAGGGCAGGCGACGUGGUGCACAGCUACCGGGCGGGCAUACCGCAGGAUCUCCUCGACAGCAUGGGCGGCAUCGUCGACCCCGGUAUCCUGGCGUCCAAGACGGCCUUUCCUGGCAACUGCCUGCCGAUGCACAUGAUACCCGUGGGAACCGUCGUCUUCUGCGUUGGGUCGUCGGGGGACCGGGGCGCCGUCUUUUGCCGUAGCGCCGGCACCUCGGCCACGAUCAUGAACAAGAAUGAAGAGACGAGGGACGACGGAACCAGGAUCAUGACGGGCAAGUACGUCGAGGUGCAACUGCAGAGCGGCGAGGUGCGCCGGGUCAGCAAGAACGCGUGCGCAACCAUUGGCGUUGCAAGCAAUGUGCACCAUCACUACCGCCAGCUGGGCAAAGCUGGACGGAGCCGAUGGCUCAACAUCCGACCGACGGUGCGUGGUGUGGCCAUGAACAAGGUUGACCAUCCUCAUGGUGGCGGUCGAGGAAAAUCCAAGAGUAAUCGCAACCCCGUCUCUCCUUGGGGCCGACCUACCAAGAGCGGAUACAAGACGCGCCGCAAACACAACGUCAACAAGUGGGUUGUCACGCCGCGGCCUCGCAACAACGGCAAGCGGAGGGACAAGAAGUCUUCGAAGGAAUGA